GUUUUCAGACAAAAUCCUCCAUGUACCUCACCGGUGAUGGCGGAGGAUAAGACAUCGGAACCCAUCCACCUGGAGCCGUUCAUCCACCAGGUGGGCGGCCACAGCCACAUGUUCUCGCUGGACGAGAUCACCGUCUGCAAGCCGCUGAUCACGCGCGAGCUCCACUUCUACGAGAGCAUGCCCGAGCAGAUGAAGCAGUUCGCGCCCGAGUACAAGGGCGUCAUCGAGGUUAAUUUCGUGGAGGAUGCCGACGGUUACGUCACGCUAAUGGCGUAUCCACCGAAGAGCUACGAACGAAAGUUCCCCGCCCAGCGCAACGAGUCGCGAACAAAACGAAGGAUCCGGAUGCGGCCGUCUGGCAGCCUGGAGAUCGAGGGCGAGCACAAGCAGAGCCAGGUGUUCGAGGAGGCCGACCAGCGUCAGGACGAGCCGGGUGCCGCCGGGCGCGUGCCACACAACCCCUGGCUGCUGCGCUGCGGCCGCAGCGACCCGGACGCCGGCUGCAGCCGUCCACCCUCGCAGAAGUACAUCCUGCUGGAGAACCUGACCCACAAGUACCAGUACCCCUGCGUACUGGACCUCAAGAUGGGCACGCGCCAGUACGCCGACGACGACUCGGCGGCGAAGCAGCAGCGCAAGAAGGUCAAGGUGGCGACGACCACCUCGUCCAGCCUCGGCGUCCGCAUUAACGGCAUGCAGGUGUACCAAGUAAACCUCUCCCGCUUCAUCUGCCGCAACAAGUACUACGGCCGGAAGCUGGCCGUGGACGGCUUCAAGCAGGCGCUCUGCCAGUUCAUCGACAACGGCUCAGUGCUGCGCACCGACCUGCUGGGGGCGAUGAUCGCGCGGCUGUCCGAGCUCCGCGACGUGUUGCAACGGCAGCAUUCGUUCCGCUUCUUCACCUCGUCGCUGCUGGUCAUCUACGACGGCCAGGAGCCGCGGCACGACGUGCCCGAGAGCUCGGCGCGCGUCGACGUCGACGUGAGGAUGAUCGACUUCGCGCACGCCACGCACAAAGACUUCGAUGAUCCGGUGCAGCACAGCGGGCCCGACCAGGGCUUCAUCUUCGGCGUCGAGAGCCUGAUCUCGGUGCUGAAGACGGUGCUGCAGGAGUACGGGUAGGGCCGCCGCCGGCGCCCGUAGACGCCAGUACAAAGACGGCGACGCCGCCGGCCGGACGCGGGCGGCCGCUCGUCGCGCGGCGCGCCGCGGCCCCGGGGCGUCAAAAUUAUCCGUGAUCACGCCCGCCGACGCGACGGCGCGAAUGCGAGCGAGCGGACGAGCGGGCACCGAGCGGCGGCGCUGAGGCGCGCGACGCGACGGUGCGGCGGCCGUGGGCCGGUGUGUGAGCCUAUGUGACCGGUAGGGAGGGAGAUGGGAGGCGGCGCCUCUCGCGACCUCGCACUGACGCUGAGGGACAGCUCUGUGCCCGGCGCCGCGCGCCAUUACGACAGAGCCGCCGCGGUAACGUGCGGCGCCGCGGACGGGGGCAGGGUGCUGGGGUUUCGUGAGGCGGCUCGUCCCGCGACACGGUCGCUGCCGACGGCUGUAUUCCUAGAUUGGCGCUGGUCGUCAGGUGCGGCGGCGACGCUGGUCCCCCGGGGCCGCGGCUCGGGAGGUGGCCGCCAGGAGGCUCUAGUCAGUCGGGUGCGCGCGCGACCCGGGCGGCCGCGGCGCGUCCGCAAGUGCAAUUACUCACCGUAGCUGUGAUGGCGUGGGUUCCAGUAGGCGUGCGCUCGGGGGUCGCCCGAGGGCGGUUGCAGACCACGUGUGGAUGUGUCGCGUAUCGCGCCCACUGCCACAGCCUGCCAAGGUCCGGGGCGCGGCCCGGCGUUCGAGUGGCGCCGGUCGACGCAUGCGCAGACCGCACCGGCCGGGGCAGACGGCGCGCGGUCCGACGGUGUCGGGUUUUGUUCACGGUGUGGUGAACUCGGUGGCGGACCGAGCCGCUGGGACAAGGGGCGGCCGGUAGUAUGCAGAACCCUUGUCCGGAUGACGAGACCGAC